ACCGAUUUCUCAAUGUGGUGGCCAAGAAUCAUUUCUCGCAGACUGACGACGUUGACACCGAUUUUUCUGUGUCAAUCUUAUUAAUACAAUUCUGACUCAACAUAGUAAAAGUUUCCUUAACCCGUCCAUAUAUAAACUCUUACGAUGGCUCUAUUAAUAUCCUCCUCUCUCCAAGUUUAUUGGACUUUGGUUUUUAAGGGGCUUCUCAUAGGCUUGCUCAUUGGUCUUCACCCGCUAUAUCCUUGAUAUCCGGAUUAGUUAUAUACCUAGGUACCCAUACAUACCGACCGUUCAUAAAUCAACAUGGCCGUACCGGCGGAGGCCGGAAAUGGCGUAUUCGUUGAAGCCUCCGAAGUCCGUGAAGACGGCAACACCGAAAGCUUUAGCAAAGCCGAUAUCGAGCGUCUAGGUCGCGAGAGACCUGAUACACUCUCCAACUGGGCCGCCGAAGCCGGCUUCGUCUUCGCUAUCGUGUCUUCGUUAUGUAUGAGCGAGUACUUCAUUAGCGGUUUCAACAUCGUCCUACCCGCGAUCACCGAAUCAUUACAGAUCCCGGAAUCACAACAAACAUGGCCAGCCGGUGUCAUAAACUUGACUACCGCCGCCCUUCUCCUUCCGUUCGCCCGUCUCUGUUCUCAACAUGGAGGUCGAAAUCUGUUCCUAGGUGGUCACAUCUGGCUCCUGAUCUGGUCGAUCAUAUGCGGUUUCAGCAAGAACCCAAUUAUGUUGAUCGCGGGUCGUGCGAUGCAAGGCAUUGGAGCUUCUGCGUUUCUUCCGGCGGGCCUGACGCUCCUGGGACAGACAUACCGGCCAGGACCGCGCAAGAACUUCGUGUUCAGUCUGUACGGUGCAGCAGCUUGCAUAGGGUUCUAUUUCGGUAUUAUCCUAGGCGCUGUGACUGGACAACUCGCUAAUUGGAGAGUGUACUUCUUCGUCGGAUCUGGUUUCGUGUUUCUUCUAAUCGUUACUGGCUUCUUCACUAUCCCGCGGCACCUCGGACAUGACGGCCCCGAAGUUCGUAUGGAUUGGUGGGGUGCCUGCACCAUCGUCCCGGGACUAGUCCUUGUCGUUUUCGCGCUCACAGACGGAGGCAAUGCGCCAGAGGGCUGGAAAACACCUUACAUCUAUGUCACCUUCGUAAUUGGCAGUCUUCUCCUUUGCGCGGCGGUAUAUGUGCAAGGGUGGGUCUCAGCUCAACCGCUAGUUCCCAUUGAUCUAUUCCGCCCAAAGUAUAUGAAGCGGAUCUCUGGCUUCACAUUCUGCGGUUUUGGCGUUUUCUCCAUCUUCUUAUUCUAUGCUAGCUUUUAUAUCCAGAAUGUUCUGCGUGCAACCCCUUUACAGACUGCAGUGUGGUUCAUCCCGCUAGCUCUUGGUGGCUUCAUAUUAGCAAUUACCGGGGGAUUCGUCCUGCACAUAUUAUCUGGGCAAAUAUUACUAUAUGUUUCUUGCGUAGGUUACCUACUUUGCGUCAUGUUAUUCCCUUUAAUCCCAUCACAAGACGGACCAGACAAACUUUCGUCCGGUCACAUCUAUUGGGCGUAUAUAUUUCCGUCUAUGAUAUGCGGUACCAUAGGUAUAGAUAUCACCUAUAACGUGACGAACGUCUUCACCACAACUGCGAUGCCAAGGCGUUUACAGGCCACUGCCGCCGGGUGGGUGAUCAGCCUCGGGUACCUAGGGAUGGCAUUUUGGCUCGGCGUAGCAGAACUGGCCGUCUCGUCUUGGGCUCGUUCCCACCCGGAGGAGAAUCCCACUCUCCGUGAAAAGUACCAGGUCGGAUUUUGGACUGGUCUUGGUUUGGCUGGCGUCGUCUUAGCGUGUGCUGCGACGACGCGAAUUGGCCAAGCGUCAGCUGAGUUAACCGCUGACGAAAAAGAUGAAUUAGAGAAGAAUAUGGCACAGCAAUAAACCGCUAAGUACAUCUCAUUGCCACAUUGUACAUAGACAUGAUAGAUGUAAGGUUGGAUAUUUUUGAAGGGCUUACCGGAAUACCCCUCUUAUUGCCUUGGCGUUAUUGGCGGCCAUUGGACCGACACCUGUAUUAGCGAUAAAAUAAAGGCGAAUGCAUUCUAUUCCUACUACUG